AUGUUAGACGACACAGAAGUUAUUAUACACAGACAUUACUGCCCCCCAGGGGUGAAGAAGGUCAUCGCCUCGGGAAGCAGUGCGUUCAUUGGAGAAGUGGAUGAUUUGACGGUCAUGAAACUUCCUCUCGCCCCUGGCGGAGACAUGAGAUUCAGGGGCUUCUCCGACAAGGGGCUCUACCUCGAGCGAGCUGUAAACGGAACCUUAGGCUACUAUCUCCUCGAAUCAGACAACACCCCCCCUUCGAUCCAGCAGCAGUUAUCCUGGUGUCGAGAGGCUACCGAGGCAGUUGCAUGGAUCCAUGCUCAGGGCAUCAUUCACUGCAAUAUCCGGCCUGGAAAUAUUCUCCUCGAUGAGGAUCUUCAUAUCAAGCUGUCGGAUUUCCAAGGGAAACAACUAUCGAGCGAUGGAACAGUACUGCUUGAUGGAAGCGGGGAGCCCGUCAGAUCCUAUUGCCCUCGGGCCGAUCCUUUUGAUGCGGAUGUCAAAACAGAUCUCUUUGCGCUGGGUUGUACUAUCUACUUGAUCAUGAUGGGGUAUUCGGUGUUUCCUGACAUUGUCGAUGGGGAAGAUGGGUGGUAUGAACAGAGGUUUGAAAAGCAGCAGUUCCCACGGGAUUCACAUGCGUGCAGUGCUAUUACUUGGAAGUGUUGGUUGAAGGAAUACGAAUCCGCGGAGGAACUGCUCCGAGAUAUUGAGGUCGUCGAGAAGGGUCUUAGAACUGGUCCAGCUACAUGA